GAAUUGGAAGCUGAUAUUUGACAGCUGUCACUGCUUCCUUUCUUCCUUGUGUUUGGUGGUGUGGACCGUUAAAUACUUUUAUUUUUUGUUUAUGUGUGGUUAAAUUUGAGUGAUUACAGCGCUUGUUUAUUGCAGCAUAAACCAUGUCUCGGUACCGCAAAUGCGCAGUUAGAGGCUGUCAGGACAGUGUUACAGUACGACAUAGAUUUCCAAACCCGACGAAAUUUAUGUAUGUUUUUGUGCAAUGGGUGGAUUGUAUUCACUUCACACUGGAAGACAAUUAUGGUAACAACAGACUUAGGAAGGAUGCUGUGCCAUCACUAAAUCUUCCUGAUCAACAAAUAUCCAACACGACUGAUGAAAUUCUUGGAAAACCAUCAACUUCAGCAUCAUAUCAACAGUUGGGAGAAGUUUGCUCAGUUACAACUUCACAACCAGGAAAUCUUGAUGUAACUACAGUAGAACCCAUUGAGGAGCAUUAUUCAGAAGCAAGUUCCUCAAGAACAGAAUCUGGAUUAUUGCAUAAGUUACAUGUAACCAGAGAAACCCACUUAAGUCCAAAAGCUAAGAAGCUAUGUAAGAUAGCCAGUCACCUCUCUAGAGCUAAUAGAAGACUAAGAUGUACAAGGAGGUUGAUUAGAAGUACCAGAAGUACAAGAGAAGUAUUAAAUGAGGCAUUGCAGCAUUUGGACAGCACUGUAGCUACUUUUAUCAAAAGCCACAUCACACUGGCUGGUAGUAAAUCACAGGGACGCAGAUAUAACCUAGAAGACAAAUUGAUGGGACUUAUACUUCAUAAACAAAGUGGUAGGGGAUAUCGUCAAAUAUUUGAGUAAUUGCACAUAUCCUUAUACUCCUCAGCAUCAUAUAAAUUGAACUUAGAUCUAGUUAACAUUGAAGAGUACUGCAAAAGACAUUGUCUGAAGAUCAAUGCUUCAAAAUGUUCUACCAUGCUAUUUGGCCCAAAACUGUUAGUACAAUGGUUAGAUGGCCGAAUUGUUCCUAGUCUUAACGACACCCAUACUCCUAUAGUAGACCAUGCAAAGAAUUUAGGGAUCAUCAUGGAUUUAGAUUUGAGGUUUAAGCAACAUGUUACGCAUUUAUCUCGCUUAACAUACAUGCGUGGUCUGCGAAAGUUUAGCCAUGUGUCUAAGAAGAUCAAUGAGCUUAGAUGAUUGAGGUUGACCAGCUUUUCACAUAUAAUUUACUAAUUUUAGUACAACGAAUCAAAAUAGGCUACCUACUUAUCUACUAAAAAGGCUGGUACCACGUGGGGAUCUCAAUUACAGGAAUCUCAAACAUAACUCUGACUUCAAUAUACCUAGUUAUAGGAGCAACAUUUUCUAUCGUAGCUUCACCUACAAUGCUGUCAAGGUGUAUAAUAGUCUUAAUAACAAUUGCAAAAAGAAGGGAAUAUUUGCAUUCAAGAGAGCCAUUAAGAACCAUCGUCUGGGGUCUGCUAGACAAGCUAGCUGAUAUAUUUCUUUUUUUUUUGUUAGAGCAUGCCAUGUAGUAUUGAUGUAUAACAUCUUAAGAUUACUCUAUUUAAGCCUUAAUUAUUGUAUAUAUUAGUUAGUCGAUUGCUAUUCAUUGUUAUAUCUUUUUUUUGUAUGUGUUUCUGCGCUGUGAGGUUAAGUGGUAGAGUAGCCAGCUGGAUAAACUUCGCCUCACAGUGUGGAUGGAUUUCUAAAGACAUUAUUAUUAUUAUAUUUAGCUUUGUGAGAAAAGGUGAUAUAAUUUGUAUAUGAAUGAUUGACCAUAAAAUGAC